ACAUCAAAUCAUAAAUUGCUGCAUCACUGUAUUUGAGAAUAGAAUCGAUAUGGUAUAGACCUUUGACAGUCACCAGUGGGGAAAUACUAGAUAUACAUAUGGUUGGUAAAUUAUCUGGCAGAAAGUUGCAUUUUACUCUGUCUAUCAUAGUCUUAAAUGAUCUCUCUCUGUGGAUGAGCAAUUUUGGGGAAGUAAAAAAUGAUGCGAUUUUCUCCGAUUUUGAUGAUUUUUGCUGUCGCUGUUUGUGUAUCGGGAGAAAGUCCUCGUGUGGAAGUGACAGAAGGAAUUCUUGUGGGAAAGACAGUGCAGUUCACUGAGAACCAGUACAUCAAUCUAACCAAAGAUGUCGACAUGUUUCUUGGCGUUCCCUUCGCUAGUCCUCCAACGCGGUUCGCCCGAGCUCAGCCGAUGACAAGAUGGGAGGGAGAACGGAAUGCCACUGAGUUUACACCUGCGUGCCAACAAGUACCUCAGCCUUUAUUCUAUCCCGUCAUGUCAGAAGAUUGCCUCUAUCUAAAUGUUUACACACCAAGUCCAAAGCCAUCAACAGGGAUACCUGUCAUGGUAUGGAUUCAUGGAGGUGCUUUUUCAACGGGGACCUCAAUGAUAUAUGAUUACUACGGAGCUCCAUUGGUAGCUGUUGGUGACGUCAUAAUAGUAACAUUCAACUACCGAUUAGCGAUCUUUGCACAAUUGUCAACAGAGGAUGAAGAAGCACCUGGAAACGUUGGAAUGUUGGACCAAGUAGCUGCACUAGAAUGGGUUUACAACAACAUAGAAGCUUUUGGAGGUGACAAAGAACAGAUAACCAUAUUUGGCGAAAGUGCAGGAUCUGCGAGCGUCAGUUUUCACCUGCUCUCCAAACUGAGUAGAAAGUUUUUCAAGCAAGCUGUGCUUCAGAGUGGAACUGCAUUUAGUCCAUGGGCCUUCAAGCAUGAUCCAGUCGCUGAGCUUGAGAAAGCACAGGAACUUGGAAGAGAGAUGGGUUGUGUAGAUGUGACAUCUACCUCAGCUUUGGUGACUUGCCUCCGAGAUGUAGAAGACCCCUUAGCUCUGAGCACAGCAGCCGACAAGGUAUACGGCAAUCAGUAUCCAGUGACUCUGGAUGGUACUUUUUUGGAAGACACUCCAGCCAAUCUCUAUAAGAAUAACGACUUUGCCAACGUUCCACUCCUGAUAGGUUUUAACCGGGACGAGGGUACAAUAGGCCCGUACUUUUAUUUUCCAUCUUAUGUCGGAAGUCCGACGCCACCUCCUAUGGAUCGUAACCUGUUCGAGAUCUUUGUGAAGGGUCUUCUGGUCAAUUAUGGUACAGACGACGAGAUCGUGCACGAUGCCGUGUUCCAGGAAUACAUUGACUGGACAAUGGCUGAUAAUCCGGAAAGUGAUUACUUCCAGUCGUUUGUGAAUUACGGAACCGAUUCAGACUACGCUUGUCCGUCAGAUAUCGUGAUGCGGAAACACACAGAGGCCGGUGGAACAGUCUACAAAUAUUUCAUGACCCAUGCACCAUCUAAGAGUUACUUCAUGGUCGCAGGUGAGAUCCCAAACACUCCUUGGUUGGGAGCAGGUCAUGGUGAAGACCUCACAUUCGUGUGGGGUGUGCCCUUCAUCGAUGAACUUUACCAUGUACAUGGGCACAAUUUGACAGAUGAAGAGAACGCCCUCUCCGUCAAGUUCAUGCAAUUUUGGACAAACUUUGCAAAAUCAGGUGAUCCCGGCAAGUCCAUCCCUGGUGCAGAGCCCGGAGAAGGAGAUGAUUUUUGGCCUUUAUACACGAUUCCUGAAUUAAGACACAAAAUACUCUCACCGAGUUUUGGUGAGGAUAGAGCUUUAAAGGCUCGUGAGUGUCGUUUCUGGGCGAACUACGUUCCGACCCUUCAAUCCUUUGCAAACUCAAUUGAUGAGGAUCAGAAGGAAUGGCGAGAGAGCUAUGACGACUGGAAGAGUGAAAUGACCGACUGGGAGCAGGCGUUCGAAAAAUACAAAGAACAGCCAACAUGCAAUUAGACAUGCUAGAUGACAUUGAUUUAAUAUGUGACCCAACAAACCUAUAGAGGGCGUCAACACUUUGCAAAAUUCGUUGAUAUGACCCUGAAUCACUGUCUUCUUUACCAUUGUACAACAUUAACCACUCUCAAUAGCUCUUCGUAUCAUGAAUAAAACAUGGAAUUAUAUUGGAUAUAUUGAGGCGGCACAAGGGUAUUUGAUUUAGGGAUGUCCUUCAUAAUUACACGACCAAUACACAUAUUUGUGAUGCCCGCUCUUUCUCUUUUCUUUUCUUUCUCUUCCUUUUUUCUUUCCCUUUCUUUCUUUCUCUUUUCUUUCCCUUUCCUCCCCCAUUUUCUUUGUUUCUGCCCUUCCCCUCAUUCACUAAUUAAAAAAGAAACCAUGGGGUUGGGUAACACUUGACCCUUGUAGAGUCACCCCUUGCUCAAGAGGCAUUUUAGACUAAAUAGAUAUAUGGUUAUGUCUGGUAGAAAUAAAUUUAUUUUCUGUUUAUUUUCUUCAUUUCAUUUUCAUGGUUAACGACGAUUAUGUAGCUAUAUAAUAAUAAGGAUUAUAAUAAAGUAAUAAUAAUAAUAAUAGUAAUAAAAAAUAACCGUCCGCUUUUAUAUAGCGCUUGACACAUCGGAACGACGUCUCUAUGCGCUUUACAAAAUUACCCAGGUCAUCGGAACCUGGCAUGCCCGUAUACAAUGUAUGGCCUUCUCCACUCCCUGGGGAGCAUUCCAACAAGAGUUUCAAGACUCGAUUGCUAGGCAUACUUCAUAGGCUUUAGGGUAACCAUUUAACACCAGGGUGGAGAGUGGCAAAUUGUGGAUUGACGCCUUGCCAAAGAACGCUAGGCCUAGUGGGAUUCGACCAGACGGUCCUCUGAUUACAAAUCGAGAGUCAGAACCUCUGAAGUGCUACACCACGAUGCUUUCAUACAUUGCCUGUGUUAUGUGUUAUGCUCAUGAUUCCGUGUCAAACUUUUAAAUUUCUUGACAAAUCAUGUAUGUACUCUAAAGAAUAUUCUUAAGAUUCAAAUAUCCUUAUAAACAAUGUAUUUCUCUGUGAAAACUUUAUAGCACAAUGUAUUAAUCAUUAAUAACUUUUAUUUACACUUAACUGAGAUAACAUAUUGACCUUCAUUAUGACAUCAUUUGUUUACUGAUAUUUAUUAUCAGAGCUUCUCAAUUAAUAUUGCGUUUGUUAGCAAAUAGUAAAUUAGUUUUCUUUUUUAAUUUUAUGUUCUCACUAAAUUUGUAAGCUCUUUGGUACGGAUACCCCUAAAAAUUCAUACACUUAGGAUAUAAUGUAUUUAUAUUGAAUCUCAACUUUCUUUGAAUGUCGAUGAAACUUUUUUUUUUGGUCUCAUCAGUCUACGAAAUAGAAUAGGCCGAUAUGACACACGUCUUC